AUGGGUGGGGCUACUGGACGGGUAGGGCUACUGGACGGGUGGGGCUGGUGUACAGGUGGGGCUGCUAGACAGGUGGGGCUGCUAGACAGGUGGGGCUGCUGGACAGGUGGGGCUGCUGGACAGGUGGGGCUGCUGGACAGGUGGGGCUGCUGGACUGGUGGGGCUGCUGGACUGGUGGGGCUGCUGGACGGGUGGGGCUGCUGGACGGGUGGGGCUGCUGGACACGUGGGGCUGCUGGACACGUGGGGCUGCUGGACACGUGGGGCUGCUGGACAGGUGGGGAUGCUGGACAGGUGGUGCUGCUGGACAGGUGGGGCUGUUGGACAGGUGGGGCUGCUGGACAGGUGGGGCUGCUGGACAGGUGGGGCUGCUGGACAGGUGGGGCUGCUGGACAGGUGGGGCUGCUGGACAGGUGGGGCUGCUGGACAGGUGGGGCUGCUGGACAGGUGGGGCUGCUGGACAGGUGGGGCUACUGGCGCAUUUCUAGCAGCUGCUGGCACUGCUAGCACGGUUGUAGCGGCUGCUGGAGCUGUUAGGACGGUUCUAGCAGGUCUGGGGCGGCGGGUCCAGCCUAAUCCUCCCAAUUCCCCUUCCCUUCCCUUGCCAUGUUUGCCAGCCUAA